AACUCCAAAUGUCAUUAGACUUAUGUCAAAUUGUCAAAAAGACAAAGAAAAAAGCAAAUCGUUCCGCAGAGGAUCUCGUCAAAAAUAUCUGUUUCUUUUAAUUAUUUUUUACUUUUAUCUUUAAAAUACCCGGGGCCGUUGCAUGCCGCCUCAAAUAUAGAACGAUGUUACCGCACCGCGUCCAGUCUUAUAUAAGAAAUGCAUUCCGGUGUCGCGUUGUUCCCAUAGUUUUCUAAAUUGAUCAAAUGAAUGUAAAUAAUAAAACAAUAAGUGGUCGGUGUCAAGUGAUAUCUCCGCCCACAGCGCCCACUGCACUCAUUAUGCGAUUAGUGUAAAUAAAUUGAGGGGAAGUUGGUUAGAAUAGGGUUAAAAUGUCUGGGGAGGGCGAGCGGGUCUCUCGACCCAAUUCUCUGGUACUGGAGACUCCGGCGCCAGAGCGGGAGCCCUUGCGCUUCGACGUGCAGCUGGUGGGAGCUCCGCCCGAAGUGGAGCAGCUCGUGAACAACAUCAAGCAAGUGGCUGAGGACUUUCUUUACCAUUGGAAAACUUUUCCUAUUGUGCUCCCACAAUCAAGAUUCACGGGCCCUGGUAACAGACCCUCUGACAUCAUAAUACCACCACCAUGUGACGAACUGGAUGCAGCCGCCCUCGACGCUGGGGUUGAACCACAUCCUUUGACACCAAAGCAACUUCACUCUAUCAGAGAAAAGGGCGAGUUCGAGGUCCCGUCUCGCCAUUUCCCCGGCCAAACGCACGUGUGGCGAGUGGCCGGGUGGUUGCAGCGCGGCAGGGUGCGCGCGAGGGAGGAGCUGUACUGCCACGUGGCGCGCGCUAUCGCGCUGGUGGUCGUGGUGUCGCGCGACCGACUGCUGCGGGACGAGCCGCUGUCUCUCAUCGCUGGGGCCAAGGCGCUCAUGGAAGGACUGCAUAGAUUAUUAGAUCUCAUAUUUGGCCUGCCAUCGUUAGAAGCUCGUGAUCUCGAUAAGAAAAUACGUGAAGAACGUUCACGUUACUUAGUAGCCGAACUAAUAUGUAAGCCAGAAAACCAGGAAGACAUAACAGCGCUGGCGACGUGGGUGACGCGCGGCAUGCGGCGCGCCGCUUCGGAGAAGACGGACGCACGCGACACGCCGCGUGCCGCGCCGCGCGUGCCCUGCCUCUACACCACGCCGCAGAAAACGCAGGUGGACCUGCGGCUGUACCGGCGCGAGGUGCUGCGGCGCGCCGCGCCCGCGCUGCAGGCGAUCUUGGAACGCGAGUCGCGCGGCUGGUUCCUGCACUUCCGGGAGCGCCGCGCCGCGCUGCUCGCCAGCCAGAAGAUGCCAAUGAGGGAUAUCGAAGAGGAAGUGAGUUCGGCGGCGAUGCGCGAGUACGUGUCGCGCGUGUGCAACGCCGUGCUGGCGAGCGAGCAGCUGGCGGCGCUCGGCCCCAUGAUGCCGGAGCUGCUGGCGGCGCAGCUGCGGGCCGCCGUCAUCGUCAACAGAGCGGAAGAAGGCGUGCGUCGCAAGCUGGAAGCGGGCCUAGCCACGGCCGAAGCCCGCAUCCAGACGGCGCACCCCGUCCUGUCGCGCGCCGAGGCGUGGCGCAAGGAGAAGCUGGCGGCGGCCGCCCACGCGCUGCGCAGCGAGCUGCGCUGGGCCGGCAUGGAGGACGCGGCCAUCGCCAUGCAGGCGCACAAGCUGGCGCAGCAUCGGUACUUCCUGCUCAGGGAUCUCACCUUUCUGAGGGACCGCGAGCCUUUGCUCAUGAAGGAACUCCGCGCCGCCAAGACGCCGACGCGCGAGUUCACGUGGGCGUCGCGCAUCUGGCUGCCGCGGAACUGGGCCGUGGUGCGCCACUUCCGCGGCCGCUCCGAGCGCAUCCCCACCGUCAUCAGCGGCCGCGCCACCAACAUCGUGACGCCGCGCUCCGACCCCUCGCAGCCCGUGUUCCUCGCCGAGCGCGAGAUGGUGCGCACCAGCACCACGCGCUGGCCGGGCUGGAGGCUGCUCAACUUGGCUCACAGAGCGUCGAGCUGGACGUGGAACAUGAUGUUCGUGCUGGGAGUGCUGGUGCCGUGGUGCUCGCCGCUGGCGCUGAGAACGCUGCUCUGCGUCAAACCGUUCGUGCCUGACUUGGAGUUGUCUCAGGUAAAUGGGACUCUAUUUCCAAAACGGAGUAGCGAAACUCAAACUAUGUGGUCACUGUUGCUGAAGCUGUGGCGACAUGUGUCCAAAGAGAGGACGCGAUUUGAGACUGAACCUGAUACUGGACUUCUAGGCAAAGGUCUGAGCCGGCAAGCGAACCGCGUGUGGAACUAUGGCGCGGUGGGCGGGCUGGGCUCGCUGGCGCUGCUGCUGCUGUUCCCGCUGGUGGCGCUGGCGGCGAGCGCGCUGUCGCUGGCGGUGGCCGCCAGCGUGCCGCUGUGGCUGCCCGCGCUGGCGGUCGCGCUGCACGCGUCCAACGCGCUGCUGUACGACCUGGACUGUCCCGACCCGCCGCGGCUCAACAGAUGGUUCGUGCUGCUGGAGGUGGUGGUGUGGCGCAUCGGGCUGCUGGGCGUGGCGCAGCCCGUGCUGGCGCUGCUGGUGGCCGUGCUGCUGUGUCCGCUGGCCGCGCUCGUGCUGCUCGUCGGCGGCGUGAGCUGGUGGGUGGUGCGCGGCGCGUGGGAGGCGGUGGCGUGGCGCGCGCUCAUCGUGCGUGCGGCGCGCGUGCCGGCGCACGACUCGCGCUACUGCCGCCGCGUGGCCGGGCCCGCGCUGCACUCCUUCGCCUCCUACCAGAUCACCGCGGCGCAGGCGCUGGCGGCGGUGGUGGCCCGCGGCGAGCUGGAGGCGCUGGCGCUGUGGGCGGCCGACUGCGAGGCGGCCAUCGAGCGCCCGCUGCGCGACUACGAGCACUUCGUGCGCGCCUGCUUCGGGCCCUUCUCCGUGCAGAUCGCCAAGACGGGCUCGUAUAAGCAAGUGGAGAAGGAGUGCGGCGAGCUGGUGUGGUCGGCGCGGGAGAAGCUGUCGGCGCGGCGCCGCGACCUCGCGCUGCCGCUCAGCGACGCGGCGCGCGCGCGCGUGCGCAUGCUGCCGCAGGAGCUGCGGAAAGCAGUGCACGCGUCGGCGGUGGAGCUGGCGCGCAUGUGGGGCGAGGCGGCGCGCGGCGAGGAGUGGUGGUCGGCGCGCGGCCUGGAGCCCGGCGACUGGCACGCGCUCGCCGCCAACACGCUCGUGGAGGUUUUUGACGCGGAAAUCCUGGUAGCGCUAGAGGAGGGCGAAGCGCGCGUGGCGCUCGAGCCGGGAGCGGGCGCGGCGCGCUGGCGCGACCUCACCGCGAAGCACCCCGCGCCGCCCGACGUCAUCGCCGAGCGCGAAGACUGGAGGCCCGCCCCGGGCGUAUGGGGCGACUGGAGCGGCACGCCGGCGCCGCGCGUGCCGCCGCCCGCGCUGGACGUGGCCGCGUUCAGCCCGCGCGCGCAGCCGCACCCGCCGCUGCCCUCGCCUGCCGUCGUCGCGCUCGUCUUGCACAACAGGGAGGCAGACAUUCCUGUGCCGUUGGAGUCGGAGCUGUGUGCGGAAAUAUUGAAGAGCUUAGAAGACGCGCCCGACUGCGACGACAGACGAGAUGGCGUGGAGCGGUACCGAGGUGGAGGCAGCGAGGCGACGAGCGAGACGAGCGGCUCCGACACGCCCGAGGACGAGGACGCGCGCGCGCCGCCGCCCGCCGCCACGCCCGACUCCGCGCUCUGCAGGAUAUCGCCCAGCACAGAGCGCGCCGCCUGCCGCUGGACGCUGACGGGUCGCGGCGUGCGGCUACGAGCCGACCUCGCGAGCCCGGAGGAUGUGUCGCUCGACACCGACCGACACGUGGGCACCUCGGUGUGAGCCGUUGUGCGCCUUAUGUACGGGCACAUAAGGUUGAGAUUACUCUGCUGAGAUUAGACGACUUAGGGAGAGUUCACACUACACUACAACCAUACUACAAUCGCGACUAAGAGUGGUCAAACUGUGGUUACGUAUCGAUGCAGCUUUUUAUAUUUAUGGUGUGUUGACUAACUUUCCGAAGGACCUUUACGCCGUCGAAGUAGGUGCGAGAGGAUUACCAGCAAAAUUUCUCUAUAACUUGCUUAAAUACCUUGGCCUCUCUAGAACUGUACCAAGUUCUAUAUUAGCACGGGUACCAAAGCUGCUCUGCUCUACCAAAUUUGGCUAGGUAGGGAGAACCUUAUUACCAUUAGGCGGAGGAGGGGAGUGUCUAUCGAUUGUCAAGAAAUUCCUUAACCCUACGUCCUUUGGUCACUAGUCCGUGACUUUGCGUGAAGAUUUUCUCUCUACCACGCGAUGGACCCGACACCCGCACGGUGAAUCCAUUGAAUGUUUAAAUAUUCGUCUCAUAUCGAUAUGGUUGCGUUUGCACUAGUUAGUUGCUCCACGCUGCGACUCCAUGGUCGGGUCGUUAGUUUGGCUACAGGUUGAUGAGGUUCAUUCAGGGUUCGAGUCGCGAGUCAGGCUAACUUUUUUCUUAAAUUUUUUUUGUCUGUGGUUGUACUGCGUCGCAUCAUAUGCAGAGCCGUGAUAGCCCAGUGGUUAUGACCUCUGCCUCCGUUUCCGGAAGAUGUGGGUUCGAAUCCGGUCCGGGGCAUGCACCUUCAACUUUUCAGUUGUGUGCAUUUUAAGAAAUUAAAUAUCACGUGUCUCAAACGGUGAAGGAAAACACCGUGAGGAAACCUGCAUAGCAGAGAAUUCUCUUAAUUCUCCGAAUGUGUGAAGUCUGCCGCAUUGGGCCAGGGUGAUGGACUCAAUAGUCCACCACCCUGGCCCAAUGCGGAUGCGGAGAGGGGUUAGGCCAAUACCUAACUCCUUUCAUUCUGAGAGGAGACUCGAGCUCAGCAGUGAGCCGAAUAUGGGUUGAUAACGACUUCACACGCGUUGACCUUUUAUACAUAAAAAUGAAUAACCCCGCUGUGUAUGGUGUGGUGUGGUUGUAAUGUAGUAGUCGUACGUGUGUAACCAGCCUUAGGUCUUUGCAUGAGCAUCGAGUUUUGGUUGUACGGGCAAAGUAGGAACUACAAAGGGAAGCAAGUUUUGGUUUAAAUUUUCACUUGGCUUGCGAAUUUUAAAAAUACUCAAAAAUUAUAAAAACAAAAGAACGUAUGAUUUUAUGGAACCACGAUGCAAAUGAAACUAUGCGCUCAGCCAUAUUGGCUGCUAUGCCAAGCGCCAGUCACUCAAUAGAUGAUUUUUUAUUCGGAUCCCUAAUUAAUUAUAAUAUAGAUUAUUUCCUGGGGGGAGGGCAGCAAGUAUAUUAUUAGUAUAGUAAACACACACAAACACGCCUGUACGCCUUACAAUUUCAAAAGAACCUUUAAAGUCCUUAGUGUAUGUACUAAAAUGGUUGGGUAAUUUCCCAACCUUAUAUUAACCCUUAAAAAAAUUUUGCCAAGCGUUAAUUUAACAGAAAAUUUGAAAAAUUGAUUUUGUCUGUAUCCAUACCUCCAAAAUCGUAGCUCAUGCAAAGGCUGUUAUAAUAUGAGCCGACAACGACCUCAAUUGAUAUUAAACUCUAUGCUUUAUAUGUUAAGGUCUAAAUACGUUUGUAAGUGUAACCAAAGUUAUAAUGAUCUGUAUUACAUGACACUAUAUUAAUGUUAAUUUGUAAUUACAUAUAAUAAUCUAGUCCAAAUGGUGUGAAAACGAAAAUUCGUUAGAUAUAAAAGAAAAUUAUAAUCGAUAGCCUAUACGAUACAGAAUAAAAAUCUGAAAAAGACGUACCUAUGCUAUUUUUAUUAAUUUAUUAAUAUACAGGGUGCUCGGGUGUAUUUCCCAUAACUUCAAGGUGUUGACGAUUCCACUAAUAGGAGCCGAACUGCAUAACUUAUAUUUUUUUAGCUGAAAAUUAAAAACUUUUUUAUGUUUUCAUAAAAAACAAUUAAAAUAAAUCCGACUAUCCAUGUAACACACGCCUUUAUCUUUCCUUGCAUUUUAAAAUACGUAAUCGUAGUGGUAAUACUGUCGAUAUCGACGAGAUAUUGCAACUGGCACUCCGUACUUCACUAGUAAGCUACUUCAUGAUAAUUAUCAAUGAAUCAGUUUGGCUAGGUCAUAAUAUAAGGAUGCGAUAUAAGGGACACAAUUUAGAUCUAUUUACAAAAGAAAUAUUUUUCACUCCGAAAAUAUUCAUUUUAGUGAUUUUUAGUUAACUUUUUACUUAAAGAACAUAACCCUAGAGUUAUGGAAAAUGCUCCAGAGCACCCUGUAUAAUAGUUGCAGAAGAAAAUAGCACAGAUAACUAAAACAAAACCAAAAAAUGUUGUUUUGCGUCGAAUUGUUUAUAAUUUUUCUUCUGUUUUAACGAAUUUUUGCAGGUUUCAUAACUUAAGACUAGAUUACAAGAAUUGUCAUACAUUUUAUUUAUAGACAUCUCUUGAUUUUUUUAUUCUACAGUGAGCAUUUAUUUUAGCUCAUCCUCUAUUUAUUAUAAUAUUUAUAUUAGUUUAUUUUAAUAUAAUUACUUGAUUAUAUUUAAUACGACUUCGUCCCUGUGUAAUGCGGAUUUUUGCAGAUUUAUGUUUCUUUAAAGUUUUUUCUCUCAGCCUAGCUUAAUUUAUUGUGAAAUCUGCUUUAUGUAUUUUCAACCGAAGCUUGGACAAAUAAGUUUGUAAACAUACUUGCAAAUAUAUAGCAGAAAUAGAAAUAUUAUGUAUUUAAUGUACAGAAUUCAAUAAUAAUAAUGUUUCUUGAACUAUAUUUUAAUUUUGAAAUGCACUAUAUUAUCUGAGUAAGAAAAUUACAGACCUAUGCCAUUUCAUGUUUAAAGUCACAAAGUCGAAUGCUUAAUAUAAGUAUGUAGUAAUACAUUAAGACAACGAUAAUAAUAACUAAACAUAUAAUUAUUGCCUCGAAAUAUAUUCAAGCAAUAUAACUUUAAUGUAAACUCGAAUAAGUAAGAAUCAUGAUGAUAAUUCAUCAAUUAUAAUUACUAAAGAUGUUGAUAAAUUUUUGGGCUUGCUGUUAUUUUUAACCGAUUUCAAAAAAGCAGGAGGUUUCUCAAUUCGACUGGAUAUAUUUUUAAACUUACAACUUAUCUUUAACACGGAAAAAUAAGCACUACAUAGUAUAAAACGAUAGUCGCUUUCUCUCUCCGUAAUGGAUUUUGAUGCGGUUUUUUUAAUAGAUAAAGAUUGAAGAGGAAGUUUUAUAUGUAUAAUGAUAUUCAUGGUUCCCGCGGGAUUUGUGAAAAGCUGAAAUCCACGCGGACGAAGUACUGGUGGAACUGCUGAAAAUUUGCAAUAAAAUUAAGUGUAGGUAAUUUGCAUUUAUAGAAUAUGCAUUUUUUAUUGUGCCUCAAAAAUAAAAAAUAAUUUCCAAUAUUUAUCAACGUCUCUAGACUCGAAAGUACACUGUGUAAUAACAUAACAUAUAUGCCCCUUUUCCAUCUCAUUAAGUUGUUUUUAAUUUAUUGUUUUGCCCUAAUUUUAAUAAUUUUAAUGACCAGUGAAUUUUGUUCAAACGGAGGAGUCAAUUAUUAAAAAGACUAAAUAAAUACUCGUGCACCAAAAAGCUUUUGUUUCGUCCUAAAGUAUUUUUAAAGCAUUUAUGAUUAUCUAAAUUAAAUAAAGUAGUUUUUUUUACUUUUGAUAUUUUGUGUCUAUGUUUAUGAAAAAAUAUUAUAUCUGCUUUAUGUAUUUUUGUGUUUAUUAAUAAUAAGUGUAAUUUAAAAGAGAACUAUUAAAAUAAGGAACGUAAUGUUUAAAAUUCAAUAUGCUAAUUAAAAAAAAAAUCUGUUAAAAAACGUUCUAAAAUCCCCGCCAUUUGGGGAAUUCCUUGCAAGUUGGCAAUGCUCUUAGAGAUAAUAAAUAAAUUGUUCAUAAAUCGCUCACUUGCCGUUCUCAAUUGCUCAGUUUACAAACCAGAGUCUGGUGAACAGGAAAAAAACGCUCCUUGUUCAAACUACGUUUAAUAUUUAAACGGGUCGGUUCUGUAAACCCCGUUUAAAUGAAAGUAAUUUUCAUUUUUUAAUGGCAGCUGUUAUUUACAAUUAUUCUAAUUAUCGGUUAUAACAAUUAUUUGUUCUAUUUACACUGUGAAGAUUUCUUCUUAGAUUUUAAAUUUAAUAACUUUUUUGUUUAUUGGCAGCAAUACUGAAGCAGCUGUUAUCAUACAAUUAUUUUAAUCAUCGGUUAAAACGUGAAAUUAUUUGUAUUAUAUACAUUGUGAAAAUUUUGUGUUAGAUUACUAUUUUUGAUCUGAAUUAGGAACGACCUUUAUCUAUCUAUUUAAGGAAUGAAUACUGAUUGAAAUCCAAUUUAUUAUUUUAACAAAUAUUUGCUGUCUAAUAAUUUUCUGUCCAAACUAUUAACCAUUAUAACUCCUAUUGAUAUUAAUGAAAGUUUUUUUUUAUUCUUUACAAGUUAGCCCUUGACUACAAUCUCACCUGAUGGAAAGUGAUGAUGCAGUCUAAGAUGGAAGCGGCCUAACUAGUUAGGAGAAGGAUGAAAAUCCACACCCCUUUCGGUUUCUACACGGCAUCGUACCGGAACGCUAAAUCGCUUGGCGGUACGUCUUUGCCGGUAGGGUGGUAACUAGCCACGGCCGAAGCCUCCCACCAGCCAGACCUGGCCAAAUUAAGAAAAUCUCAAUCUGCCCAGCCGGGGAUCGAACCCAGGACCUCCGUUUUGUAAAUCCACCGCGCAUACCACUGCGCCACGGAGGCCGUCCGUUUGCCCUGAAGCUUGCCUAGAUUUUUCUACUGGCAAUAUAUUUCUUAACAAAUGAAAAUUUUCAUCCAUAAAUCCAUCAAGAUGGGUGAAACUCGUUUCUAAUUCAGAUCCACUGAAUACAAUGAGUUGAGAUUUAUCUAGGAAAUUACAUUUAUAGUCUGGCAAGUCCGUUGAUCCCAUGAUAUGCGGGCGACGGGCGGAAAGACUGCGCGGGUGUGAAAUCGUGAGGUGGUUUUUCAUUCAUCGCUACACGCCCCCCGCCCCGCGCGGAUUAUCGGGAGUGUUACGAACGAAGUUGCCAAGCUAUGCAAUAUUUGACUGAAUAUGGAAUGUCAAUAAUAGAAUCUAGUCGGCCUAUAGUAUGUGAAAAGUAAUGUGUAUGUCAUCAAGUUUUUUUUAAUGUUUUUUACUGAUCUGAUCAUACGUUUAAUAACUGCGCUUUAGUUAAUUAUCAAUUUCAUUACUAAUUAUGUAUGCCUAAUUUUUGUAAGAAAAUAUGUAAUUGUAAGUGAUAUAAUGAAUAAUGUCAUCUAGUACGUAGUUAGUUUUAAGAAUGCAAAAAUAAUAGGAAAAUGGCAUAAUAUGACAGUAACAUGAUUUUUCAAGAAUAUUUGCCAUGUCUUUUAAAUAUGACUAAUAUUUCAAUUCCCCUCCAACUAGUCGGAAAAGACUGUGUCAGGAGUGGGUACGACAUUCGUUCAGUGGGCGGAGAUCGAACCCCCCACCUCUCGGUGAUGACUCCGACUCCUUUACCGUGGAGCUAUUGCGACUUCAAAUUGAGUAACGGUCGCAUGUCACUUUCCAAAAUAAAAUUCUGUUUUUUUUUUGCUAUUUACUCGUACUUGAUUGUUUGCUUCUAAUUUUGAUGAAACAAAGUUAUAUUGCUUUCAGCUUCUCUUGACAUAUGAAAAUACUACAUCAAUCCUAAAAGCAAUUCCUGGAAUAAGCACAAAAACUCGGCAGAAAAAAAAUUGACUAAUCUAUUUUUUGUGUUCUGCUGCGCUUCUUAAUGAUUUUCAAUAAUUAUAUUCUAAGUACAAACACUCGGUUUCUUCUAUCUAGUUGAGGGUCACUAAAAUACGCUGCAUUAAUUAUAUUCAAAUGUAUUUCUUGGCUUUUUUUAUUCUUCGCUGUUUUAAUGCUCCAAAACAUUAAAAAUAUUACAUCCGGCUCGAAGGACCAAAAGUAUGCCAUUUUCCUAUCGUAUUGAAAAUCGCCUUAAUCGUUUGAUAUCUAUUAUGCACGUAGUUAAACGAACCGCCCAUGUAGUUGUAGGCACCCUCGGCUAAAUAUUAUCACUCACUAUCAAUAUAGGCGCAUACAUAUUAUGCCUUUCAAAUUUUUCAUAUACAUGUAAAUAAAGCAGGCGAAAUAAGUAAGCAAUUCCAACAUAAACCAUUAAAAGUCCGGCACUUUUACUCGUCAAGCUUUCAAAAGAUUUAUGGAGGAACCGAAGUUUUGGCCAAUACAAAACUUGUGUGACUACUUGUAGCUUCCAACGAUUAAUUAUUGUUUAAAAACUGAGUCCUUGCAGUUUCACCGAGAAAAGCCCUCGACACUUCGAAACUGAAGCAUACUCAUAUCACGUCCACUUUAUAGAUUUGAGGGACUCUCUUUUAAAAACGAAUAAUUAUUAUUUAGGUUUGAAUAUUUAAAAAAUCCUCAUCAUUUCAGUUAAACACAAUAAACUUUCUUAUAAGUCCGAAUAACAAAGACGACUUUCCAAUGCUUAAGCUUGGGAUAAAGAUUUAUCUCUUUGUAAAGCUUCAAGCUUGAUAUACUAUAUUACCGGGUACUGUAUUUGAACUUUUACAAACAGGCUCCACCUCCACCCAAGGGAAUUAAAAAUAUACAAAAAAAAAUCUCUAUAAUAUGUAUAAUACAAAAAAAUGUUUGUAUACGUACAUAUAUUCAUCAGUGUAUAAUGCUAGUGUCAUACUAAAAAGUGCUAUAUUUAGCAACAUAACUUUAAUGAAUCGCAAUUAUAGAUCAUAGAUAAAAUAAUAAUAAUAAGUGUAUCUUUUUAUUUAGUUUUUUAAAUGAGGUUGCAGUGUUUUUGUGAAAUUAAAAAUACAUAAUAUAUUUAUAAUAAUUUAAAUAACUAUGUAUAUUUGUAAUGCAUUUUAACAUAAUUUUAUUUAUUAGCAUUACCGACCAUGACUGUAAGCUUUAGUUAGGUUAAGUUGUAUUUUAAAAUGUAUAAAAUACGAAUAUAUCUAUAUCAUCAUAAUACAUAUAUAAAGAUUUUAUUAUUAUCAUAUUGUUUUAAAUCGAUAAAGAAAAAUAAUAUCACUCUCAGUUUUGUGCUGUUUCUGUUUUAUAUACACUUCUUUGAAUCUAUUAAUCCGUACAAGUGUUUUUAUAAUAAAAUCACCCUUUUAUUUUCUCAUCCAUACAAUUCAAUUACU